AUUGGUCAGAACGGCAAUGACAUCCUGAAAAUUGCCAUAGGGUCCGCUAGCCGGUGGUUUCCAGGUGAGUUAGUCAAGGCAGAAAAAUGUCACGAUAAUGUGAUUUCUAACCCUUUCUGA